ACACGUAACGUUAAAUGCAGGUUGAUUUGAACUCAGAGCCUAUGUUUAUAGUUGGUACCCUUUGGUGUCGGCAGGUGCUGCAAGUUGUAUUGAACAAUUCCGUAGACCGCCCCCCAUUUUACUUUUCUCAGGGUGCAGGAAGGCGGCAAGGCAAUGUAUGUGGGUGCAGGCCUAUUAUGGAACAGGGGAGAACUGGGAGAGCAGAUCUCAGCCUGUCUUUAUCUGCCAGGCGCCAGCUUUAGAGAAAAUUCAGGGAUUUAUCAGAUUAUUCCUAUUACAUAGUCUGUGCCAUAUUGUGAGUACAUCCCGAAAGUGCUGUGGCCCCUGGCACGGCAGCAGCAUAAACUACCCUUCCUUCCAGGUAACACUGCCUUAUAUACCCACAUGGCAGAAUAAUGGCAUUAUCAGCCGGUUAAUUUUUAUUAUAUUGCUGCCAACCCCUGGGCUAAAGUACAGUGAGAUGACAGGGGCUCAUUUCUAACCACUGGGCAGUAACCCAUGGCAACCAAUCAGAUGAUCACUGUUCCACCUGCAGCAGCUGCUGAUAAAAGCCAAUCACUGGUUGGUUGCCAUGGGUUACUGCCCAGGUGCAAAUGUGCCCCGUUAUUAGUAAUGAGCCCCACAGUGUGUGAGGGGAAGGUUUUACUAAGGAAAAAAACUUUAUCUUUCUGCAUUAUCAGCUGAACUUCCCACAGGGCUAAGGAAAUGGCACAGAACAAGCCACUAGAUAAGAGCUGCUUUAUUUGUACAGCACCAAUACACACCAGUUUAGAAACACUGGACCGCCCCACACAAACACACACACACACACAGCGAUGUAAUGUACAGAGACUGAUCUAUAAUGUACAAAGACUGAUAUAAUGUACAGAGUCUGAUAGAGACGUUAUUCCCAUUGGGGCAGGUGGCACCACAAGAAUCUAAUCUCAGCCAUGGUGAAUGCACUCAACAUUGGCUUCAUGCCGUACCUGGUGGCAGGGUCACAGAUCCCGGGGAUUGCCAUUUUGGCUAUAACUAUAGCAUGGCUAGCACACUACAGAGGAGGUUUUCCCCUUCAAUUUAAUGUUCAUCCACUGUGCAUGGUCCUGGGUUUGGUGUUCCUGUGUAGAGAAGCUCUCUUGGUAUAUCGAGUGUUCAGAAACGAAACAAAAAGAUCAACCAAAAUCUUGCAUGGAGCCUUACACAUCAUGGCGCUGCUCAUCUCACUCGUAGGAAUCAUCGCUGUAUUCAGUUCCACAAAGCCUAUGGGUAUCCAGAUAUUGUACAGUUUGCAUAGUUGGUGUGGGAUCACCACCUUCAGUUUGUACAUUCUGCAGUGAAUCAGCAGAAAAGAAGAUGGUGAGCUACUGGGGCAUCUUUGGAGACACAGAUCUUUACUGCUAAAGGGCUGUGGUUGCCUUGGGCUGGUACAGAAGCCCAAAACAUCAUGUACAACAUUUCUAGCCACUUCUUUAGUUAGGCUUUAGUUCUCCGUUAAAGGAAACGUAACUUCAUCUUCUUUUCUCUUUCCCAUAAGGCACAGUGCUGGCUAUACACACUUUAGCUUUACUAAGGGCAGAGUGGAUAAACACUGGUGUAUUUAGCCCAACUGCCUUUAGUAUAUGAGAAGCCAUAUCUUCAUUUUUACUCCCCCAAACUCUGAACUAGCCCACAUCUUUGUGAGUGUCCUCCUUUUGCACUCUGCGUAUACUUCUAGGUUAUGUGCCAGUUGUGUCCACUUGAUUAUUGUGCUAAUAAAUGUUCAACAUACUAUUCUGUCUAUUUACUUUUCCUUUGCCCACAUUUAGAAUGUUAAAUUUAGAAUGUUAAUGUCAUGGGAAAAAAUAUUUUUUUUCCCCAAACGCAUCAGUUAAUAGUGCUGCUCCAGUAGAAUUCUGCACUGAAAUCCAUUUCUCAAAAGAAGUUUUUUUUUAUAUUUAA